AUGAGCGCCGAGGUCCAGACGUGUGGCAAGCCCAUACAGACUCUGGUCGAGCACGUCGUCAAUGUUAACAUUUUGUCGUCAGAAUACUUCAAGGAGCUCUACCGCCUCAAGACGUUUCACGAGGUCGUGGACGAGAUUUACAACCAUGUCGACCAUGUGGUGCCCUGGAUGACGGGGAAUUCCCACGGUCCUUCUCCAGCGUUUUGCCUCCUUUGCAAGUUUUUCACCAUGAAGCUCACUGACGAGCAGGUCCAGGGGUUUCUCAACCACGCUGAUUCUCCUUAA